AUGCAAAUCACCCUAACACAACAGGGACUGACACUACAGUCUCAAAACGGCACGAGAUCACUGCUUGAUUUCGCUACCAAAUCUCUCACCACACUCCAGGACGAUACGGACUCACAAAAUGACACAGAUGGAGCCUCGGUCGAUACAGAAAGCCCGUCUCUAGAGUGCCUGGGCAUUUUUGGCAUCUUUCCUAUUGAUGUGCACUCGCUGGCAGUCAUCACCAAACGAGAACAGGUUGCUACUCUGCAAAAUGCUCCCCUCUACAAGAUCACCGGGGCUCUCCUGAUUCCUCUGUCCUACCAGCGAGCCAGAGCCGUUUUUGAAGCCUCUCAAAAUAACACCACUGCCGAACCGCGACGGUCCACAGACUCCAACGAGUCGAGAGGUUCUUCGGUCGCUGAUUCUGAGCCCUCAGAAACCGAAACAGGCACACCUUCUCCUGUGUCUCCCUCGACUCUCAAGUUUAUCAGAGAGUGCCAAAAAUUCCUGUCUUCAGGGGCUCUCUUUUACUCUCCUAAGCUCAACCUACAUCAAUCUCUCAAACAGGGUCUUUUGAAUAAGGAGUCGAAAUGUUCUUCAUACUACCUGAAUUACAAUAGAAACAGAUUGUUCAAAGACACCGAGUUUGAGCUCAAGAUAAUCCAAGGUCAUGUGGGACAAGUCAAGCCCGAAUCCAGCAACAUCUCCGUGGUACUCAUUUCUCGGAGAUCACGACACCGCAUUGGAGCUCGGUAUCUCCGAAGAGGUAUUGACGAUGAUGCCAACUGUGCCAACUGGGUCGAAACCGAGCAGCUUCUGGUUACACCCAAGUACAUUCUUUCGUACGUGAUUGUCCGAGGUUCUUUGCCUGUCUUCUUCCAGCAGAGUCCGUAUAAGCUAAAACCCACUCCCCGUGUUCUCAGAGGAGCCGAAGCUACUCGCAAAGUCUUCAACACUCAUUUCGACCGUAUUGAGAGCCACUAUGGCUCUGUUACAGGCGUCAAUCUGGUUGAAGCGUCUUCGACCUCUAACGAGUUCAAGGUUGGAAAUCUGUACAAAAAACUGUGCGAGCAGAACGGUAAGGAGCUCGAAUGGUUUGAUUUCCACCACGCCUGCAAAGGUAUGAAGUUUGAGCGUGUUUCCGAGCUGUUUAACAGCGAUGUUGUGCAGGCAGGAGUCGACAACUUUCUGUGGGACGGUUUGAACCUGCAAACGGGCAACCCAACGUCUGUGGUCCAGUCUGGUAUCUUCAGAGUGAACUGCAUCGACUGUCUCGACCGAACCAAUGUUGUUCAGACUGAGAUUGCCAAAAGAGUGCUCGAACAGCAGCUGGAAGAGCUCAAUCACGAUGCUGACAACAUUGUAUCAUCGGCUUACUACCACAUGUGGGCCGACAAUGGCGAUGCCAUUUCGCGCCAAUAUUCUAAUACGAACGCACUUAAAGGAGAGUUCACUCGGAACCGAAAACGAGACUUCAAGGGUGUGGUUACAGAUGUGGGGCUCACUCUCACUCGCUUCUACUCCGGAAUGGUGUCCGAUUUCUUCCGCCAGGCGCUGUUUGACUUCCUUGUUGGCAACGUUGAUGAGAGAGUGUUCAGCGAGUUUGAUGAGACUUGUGCCAGCUCUGAUCCUCGCAUGUACUCGAAAUCUGCGAUAGAGGUGGCUUCAGAGAUCUGCCAGGAUGAUGUGAUUUCUGGCUGGUGGCUUGAGUCGCUCCAAAACAGCUCAAACAAGUAUAUUGUGCUGCUCACAGACACAUCCAUCUACGUGUGCCAGUUCGACUUUAUGACCGAGCGUGUGAGCGACUUUGAAAAGGUGGAUGUCGACACCAUUUCCAGCGUUCAAUUCCUUGGCAGCUCGGGCUCUCAAGUGGUCAUUUCCACGUCGGACAAGCAGUUCCGGCUCCGAAACCCGACUUACAAUGAGCAUAUGGGCGACAAGCUGCGCCAGUACUGUUCGGAGAGAGAAAUUGAAGUUCACGAUGGUGACGAGCAGUCUACGACUUUUGUGUCGAGGAUGGAACAACGGCUUAAGCGACUCAUUUGGGCCUAA